AGUGAAUUAUUUGCGAUGGCUCAGAUGCGAGCGGUCGAUGAUGAUUCUGAUGCGAAAGAACUGAGAUUCCAGAAAGGUGACAUUACGCGUUGCAAUUUAUACUCUUCAUACAGGAAAAAGCAAAACGAGAGUAAUCCAAUCCAUGAGUUGGAGCUAUCAAAUAAUUUUACAAAGACUUAUAACUAUGCCACCCAAUUCUCGAAAUUCAAUAAUCGUGAAACCAUCGAAAGUGUUAGAAACUUACUUGUUCAAAAACACUUUCAUAAUUUUGAGCUUGCUGCAAUUGCGAAUCUUUUGCCUGAUACAGCGGAGGAGGCGAGAGUCUUGAUUCCAAGUUUAGAGGGUCCACGUUUCCCGGAAGAAGAACUUCAGCAAAUUCUGGAUGAGAUCCAGUCCAAACGAAGUUUCCAGUCCUAA